AGGAGGCUUGAACAGAGAGGUCUGGCCUGCUUGGUGCGGGAGACUUGAGGCGUGACCCUUCUUAGACUUCCACGACCCCCUCUCUGGGUCCCCGAGGCCAUGGGUCGGAUCUCCGGGCUCGUGCCCUCGCGGUUCCUGACGCUCUUGGCUCAUCUGGUGGUUGUCAUCACUUUAUUCUGGUCCCGGGAAAGCAACAUCCAGGCUUGCCUGCCUCUCAAGUUCACCCCGGAGGAAUAUGAGAAGCAGGACGUCCAAUUGGUGGUAGCUCUCUGUCUCACCUUGGGCUUCUUUGCGGUGGAGCUGGCCGGCUUCCUCUCAGGAGUUUCCAUGUUCAAUAGCACCCAGAGCCUCCUCUCCAUUGCAGCCCACUGUAGCGCAUCUGUGGCCCUAUCUUUCUUCAUAUUCGAGCGAUGGGAAUGUACCACAUACUGGUACAUUUUUGCCUUCUGCAGUGCCAUCCCAGCUCUCACGGAAACGGCUUUAUUCAUUGCUGUCUUUGGGCUGAAAAAGAAACCUUUCUGAUCACGACCUGGACGUAGGAACCAAGGCUGGAAAAGUGAUGAGCUUUCUCUCGGUGGAGGAAGAAGAAAGACAGGCUUCAGUUUUUUCUCUCCCUACUCUUAUGCCCUGCUCACUACUUCUACGCAGAGGAUGGCAGUGUUGGGAUAAGAUCUCUCAAAUCGUGGCUUAUAAUUUUAUUAGAGCCUUGUAAUAAAAUACAUUUUUUUAAAUUUAUUUAUUAUGUAUACAAUAGUCUGUCUGUAUGUAUGUCUGCAGGCCAGAAGAGGGCACCAGACCUCAUUACAGAUGGUUGUGAGCCAUCAUGUGGUUGCUGGGAAUUGAACUCAUUACCUUUGGUAGAGCAGGCAAUGCUCUUAACCACUGAGCCAUCUCUCCAGCCCCUAAAAUACAUUUUUUAGUAAGAGCUAGUCUGAUACUAUUUUUCAGAAGACAAGUGGGUGGGCCACGGAGCUGGUGUAAAAACUUUUUUCCUAGCCUUCCUGUACGUAAGCUAGUAGGCGAUCCUUCUAUUUGGAUUUUUACGGUACAAGAUAGACGGAAGUAAGUGGGCGGAGAUAUGUAAAUAAGCACCACACACAGAGCUUCUAGUUUGCCGUGUGUGAGCGGAGCAUUCUGGGAGGAUUUUAUAUCUCCCUUUUGGGCGCCGAAUGGAAAAUAAUUUAUAUAUAGCGACUUGCAAAUAGGUAUUAUUCUACGGUUGCAAGAACCCUGAAUUACUGGGUUUGUGCUAAAACUGUCACAUUUUCACCCUUGCUUUAACCGGGAAUAUCUUUGCCCAAUGAACAAUGGGACCCCGCGCACCAUAUCGUCAGGAGGUUAAUCCUUACCUGUUCCUCCUUUUGGAGGGCAGAUAGAAAAUGAUGAGUGGAGCUUGCAUGACUUGCUGAUUAGCAUUUCCAUGUAGCCAGGACCUGACAACAUCCUGGUUGCUCCUGUCUGAUUCUCUGACGAUCACACUUAUUUUCUGUGUACAAAUUGAUAGAACGUUGUCGCUGUUUAUGAGCUUGGCUAGGUUUCUUUUUGAUAGUUGUUUUAUAUCUUAAUUGUCUGAUUGCUCAGACUUUUUAUCUGUUGCAAGAAGUGCCGUUCUCUCCAAGGUAAAGUCCUGCCUGGAGGCUCUUUGGACCCCUACCCAGAGUCCUGGAAUAGCCCUUAGUCUCGUGCCUAGAUCUCAGGACUAUUUAAGAGACCCUCGUCGUAACUGGAGGAAUGAAGUUUGUAGCCUGAGUACUCAUGGUUCUGAGGCUUGAGUCCUGAAGGUUCUCUCUCGCGCCACUUCAUCCUAGAUCUGUAGUUACCUGACACCUUCUGUGAGCAUGCUAAGUUUGUUAUGGGGUGUGCUUCCUGUUUAGUUUGUUAUGGGGUGUGCUUCCUGGUUUAGUUUG